GGCUUAUAAACAGGCCGCCUGUCAACCACUUCAUAAUCCUCAAUCCGGUCUCUCGACUUAGACAUGGCCAUCAGCACACCUGGAGCAAUCACUCUAUUGGAACAGUCUAUUACAGGAAACUAUGCUGUUAUCGCUGGUGCAGCACUCAUAUUCUUCGACCAUGUCAUUACAUUUGGUCAGGAGGUCCAGCUUUUCUGGGGCGAGCAAACAUCUUCUGCAUGGUUGUUCUUUGCCAAUCGGAUACUUGCACUGGUCUAUGCUAGCCUUUCUGUUUGGUCCGUCAUGAAUAUCUAUACAGUAACGUUGUACGGCAAACAUCGUAGCGAGCGAUUUAGUUUCCACAUUCAUUGUGGUAAUCUCAAAUGGUAGGCUGGCAUGCUUCACGACAACUCAUCGCAGCUCAAAUAUAGCAAAGUGGUUACGAUAUUACGAGUAUACGCCGUGACAGGUGGCGACCGACGACCUCUUGUGCUCCUUGCGUUGCCAAUGGUCCUCUACGUGGUCAUAGAUGUCUACAUCGGUACGCUUCCUCCUGUUCGGGACAUAUUCUUGAUUGAC